AUGAGUAUUGACACCAUAGCAAGCGAAACUUCACUUGUCGCUGAUAGAAAACGACCAGCAUCCGGUUCUUCAAUAACCAAUCUUCGAUCAAAUAAAAAAGCAAAAGUAAUUGAAGAAAACUCAGAGUUUAUAUUAUGUCAAGAUCUCUUUGAUAGUAUAAUGUCAUACAAAACAAUUGAUAAAACAUGCCCAUAUGAAAUUUUAUAUAAAGCACCGUCAAAAAAAAAUUAUCCUGAAUAUUUUGAAAAAAUACCUUCUCCUCAUGAUUUUGUUGACAUUCAGGAAAGAUUACAAUCCGGCGAAUAUACAAAAGUAGUUGAUUUAUGUCAGGAUAUUGAAAAUGUAAUUAGAUGUAAUAUAGAUUAUUAUCCUGAAGAUAAUGAAAUUUGUAAAGCAGCUACUGAUCUCAAUUUAUUUUACAAAACCGAAAAAGAAAAAUAUUUAGGUGAUGUUGAACGUACAAAAGAAAAUACUGGGCCAUUAAAUAAUUCUACCUCAACAACUGAAAUUAAAAUUAAUGGAAAUACGGUACCUACUGAAAGUGAUUCAAGAGCAGAAACAUUUGAUCAGUGGAAACUGGAAAUAAUUCUAAAAGGAAUUGUUAAUUUAAGUGAUGAAAGUGGGCGUAUGAUAGCUCCUAUUUUUAAAGUGUUGGAAAGUAAAGAUGAAUUUCCUGAAUACUAUAAAAUUAUACAAAAUCCUAUUGAUCUCAAAACAAUUGCUUGUAGAGUAUUAAAAAAUGAUUAUAAUGAUUGGGAUGAAUUUGAAAGUGAUAUCGAAUUACUUGUUUCAAAUGCUAAGAGAUUCAAUGGUGCUCGUUCUGAAAUUGGUAAAGAUGCUGUCAUAAUUUCUGAAUUUGUCAAAAAAAGAAAAGAUGAAAUUAAUAAAUUGAAAAGGAGAGCAAAUAAAAGCGUUUUAGAUGAAGCAAGAGCUGAAGUAAAUUCUUUGGCAAAUGCUACAUUAAUUGAUGAUGAAGCAGCGUUAACAGAGGAUGAAGAUGAUGAAGGAAAUGGAAAUGAAGAUGAUGAACUUUUUAAGUUUUAUUGGUUUUUAAGAGAACAAAAAAAGAAAAAUAAAGAAUAUUUGUGUAAUUUUUUCUUUGAAUUACCUUUAAAAAGUCAAUAUCCUGAAUAUUAUGAGGAAAUUGAAAAACCGAUGUCACUAUAUGCUAUUAACAAUAAACUGAAAAAGGGCUUAUAUACAAAAAUUGAAGAGUUAAUUUCUGAUUUUUUGCUAAUUUGUUCAAAUGCCAAAACAUUUAAUAUUGAGUCAUCUGUCAUUUAUAAAGAUGCUGUUGCCUUGGAGAAAAUACUUAGAGAUGAAAUUGAGAAAAGAAGUAUUGUUUUAUCAAAACCAAACAAAAAAGUUGUUAUUGAGAAGAAAGUUAAAAAAGAAUUACUUGAUGAAGAAUCUGACAGUUCAAACACUAUUCAAGUUGCACGUAGAAGUAAGUAUGGAAAUAUUCCUGGAUUUACACCAAUCGCAGGAAAGAAAGGACGUAAAUCUGUUGAUGAAAGGUGGACGAUAUAUAUUUUAAGAUUAAUUAAUGUUUGGAAUAGACUAUGUGAAAUUUAUAUUGAUAAUAGAAGGAUAAUAGAUCCAUUUAUGCAACUUCCUCCAAAGGAACAUUAUGAACAUUACUUUUCAGUUGUACAAAGUCCUAUGGAUAUGAUUACUGUGAAAAGGAAACUUGAAGAACGAUAUUAUCUAUCAUCGAAAGAAUUUCAAAAUGAUCUCCUUUUAAUUUUUGACAAUGCUAUGAUGACAAAUUCACCUAAUCAGUUUAUUUUUCAUGAUGCGCAAUUUUUAAAAGCAAAAGUUUUUGAGUUUAUUAACGAACUAGCACCUUUAGAGCCAUUGCUUUCACCUCAAUGUUUUAAAGAACAAAGGAAGAAAAAAGUUAUUAAAGAUAGUGUAUCUGUAAUUUCUGAAGAAUCAUCUUUUCCUCCUUCUCCUAGAGUUUUAAAAAGUUUUAUCAUUGACAGUGCAAUAGAAGCAAUUGAUAAAACAGAAAUGACAUUGAAAAUUCCAACUGGAUUGUCUAAAGAACAAAGUCAAAUGUAUGAAUUUUUUAAUAUUAUAGUUGAUUAUAAAGCUCCUGAUGGUCGUGUUUUAUCAUAUAACUUUGAUAAACUACCGACAAAAGCAGAAUAUCCUGAUUACUAUGAAGAAAUUAAAAAGCCAAUGGAUUUAGAAAAAAUACGUCAAAAAUUAUCAAAUCAAUCAUACACUAACGUUAACACAUUUUUAAAUGAUAUGAUCUUGGUAUUCUCAAAUGCUUGUACUUUUAACGACCCCGAAAGUCAACUUUAUACAGAUGCAUUUACAUUACUUAAACUUGUUAUGCGUGAAAAAGACAACUUUGAUAUUAAACCACACGUUCCUCUGGUACAAUGUGAAGUACAAAAAAUUUUACAAAGAUUAAUAGACGAACUUUUAUCAUUAAUGAGCAAUAAUGGUAAAAAAGUAUCAGAGUCAUUGUCAAAAAUUCCUGUAUUACUUGAACAACAUGAAAUUAAUCAAGAAUAUUGGCCAUUUACACUAGAUCAAAUUAAAGAAAAUGUUGAUCGUCGAAGAUAUAGAAGGGUCGAUAAACUUCAAGAAGAUGUAUUUUAUUUAUUUUCUGUUGCGAGAAAACUUGCUACACCUGAUGAUACAAUUUAUGAGGAUACAGUUACCUUACAAACACAUUUUAUAAGUCAAAGGGAUGACGCUAUGAAAAAUUUAUUAAUUUCAUCUUCCCGUUUUUUUACUGACAGACAACUUACAGAUGAAAUUAACGCAACUGGAAGAAAAAAAAGAACAACAAAAGGUGACAAUGACCAUAAAGAUAAUGAUACUGAAAGUGAAAGUACUUUAAUAAAAAAUCCAACAAAAGAAGAGAAUAGUGAGAUUAUUUUGAAAAAUGCAAUUAAAUUUAACAAUUUUAAUGAGCCAGAUGGAGUGUUACAUCCAAGGUAUGAACAGGUUCUUUCUACUUUUCAGACAGCAAAUAUGAAUAAUGAUAUAAACAAUGAAGGAAUGACAUUCCAGUGUUAUGAAAUAAUGCAACAUGGUAGAUUUUGGUUAAAACUUGGUGACGGUGUUCUUGUUUUCAAUGACAAAAAGGCAUACUGUGAUGUAAUGAGAAUAGAUAAAUUAUGGAAAACGGGUGAAGGAAAAGCUUAUUUUUCAGGAUCAUGGUUUGCACGGCCAAUAGAAGUUAUUCAUGAUGAAUCUAGAUUAUUUUAUGUUAACGAAGUUUUUGCAGUUGAUCAAAAAGAUAUGGUUGUUGAUUGUGACAAUAUACAAAGUAAAUGUUCUAUUUUAACCUGCAGACAAUAUGAGACAGAGAGAAAAACUGAAAUUCCAGAAUGUGAUGUAUUUGUUUGUGAAUACAAAGUUAAAGGUCAUGAUAAGACAGAAGGGUACUGUUCACUUAGAACAGGUGCUGGUAAAUCACAAGGUAAACUUCCAGGGUUAAACGAUGAAUUUGGUAAAGGAGCAAAGCCAAUGAAUCUUGAAUUUUCUAAACAAAUAAAAAAAUUAAAAACAUAUAAUUUGGCGGCUUCCGUCAUUGAUGAUGAAAUAUUGUUGCUGAAAAAUCAUAUAGUUAUGGAAAAAGAAUUAUCUCCUUUAAUUAUGAAAACUGACACAACAUUACCUGCUGAUGUUCCAGAUUUAAAUGAUUCUAUUGAGAAUCUCAAUGAUACAUCUGAUCUCGAUCAUAUUGAAAUUGAUGAGGAAACAAAAGAAAAAUGUAAGGAUCCUUCAUGGUUAGCUCAACAACCAAAAUUAAAUGCAAAAUCUAAAUCAGGAUAUAUAUUAUUUUCUGCUGAGGUAAGGAAACGUGUUAUGACUGAUAAUCCAACUGUUGGAUUUGGUGAAAUUUCCCGUAUGGUUGGUGCUGAAUGGAAAAAAUUAACAGAUACUGAGAAAAAGCAAUAUGAAGUUAGGGCAUCUUAUAUUGCUUCAGAAAGAGCCAAACAAGAGGCUGAAGAUGUACAAAAUUGCAAAGCUCUUCAACCUGGACAAAUAAAAGUUUUUCCUUGUAAGUGGGAUACUUGUGAUUAUCAAUUUGAUUGUAUUGAUGGAUUAUUUGAACAUUUACGUAUUGUUCAUACAAAAUCUCCAAUUAAAUUAUCAAAUGGUGAUGUUACAAAUGCAUGCUUAUGGCAAAGCUGCUUAAAAUACAAGAAAGAAGGAAAACCUUUUCCAUCAAUACCACGACUUUUUCGCCAUAUAAAAGAAAAGCAUCUAGCAAAUGCAGCAAAAGCAAUGUAUCCAAAUCAAAGAGGAAAAAAUUUUUUUGUUUAUGAACAUGAAGAUAUUACAAAGAAUGGGCCAUGUCUUGUAUAUACUGGGGGUGUUCUUACAAAACCUUUUGCACAAGGAGGUGCAUUUAAACAUCAUCCUCAGGGUAUACCUCCUGAUGAACAUCCUACUUCUACAAGUACACCAAAUAAACAAAUUCAACACAAAACUCCGGUUAAUAAUCAUAUUCAAGCAUCUUCAAAAACAGUGCAAAAUGGUACACCCCAACAAUGUACUCCUAAAAAUCAACCUACUCAAAAUGGUUAUAUUUCAGCUUCAGUGCCUUCACAAUCUGCCCAACAAUAUGUUCAAGCUAAAAUGAAUGGUAAUACAGUUUUGUUUCCAGUGAAUGGUCAAGGCCAACAAACUGUUGUUUUAGGACAAAAUCAAAAUGGUACACCUAUUCAAAUGCUUCAAGUCCAUCAGCAACCAAUUUCAUCUAUACAACAAAAUAUAGUUCAUACUUAUCAAACACCACCAUCAACUUCGACAACAACUGUAUCUCAACAAUCUACUGUACCUUCAACAGUUGCUUAUGUUACCCCAUCUACAAACCCAAAUAUUGAUCCUGGACGUUCUGUUGUUCUUGCACCAAAACAGCCAGAACCAGUUUUUGUGGCACCUCCUGUUGAAGCAGUUCGUGUAAAAAGAGCUUUGCAUUCUGAUACUUAUAAACAAUACCUAGAAACGCUACAUGGGAAACGCCGUCAAAAUACAGUUAGUAAAUGGAACAAAUCAGUUGAAACAAGAACAAUUCCGGGUUCUAAAUUUAAUCCAUUUAAUUUUAUACGUUCAGAUCCUACUGGAAAACGACCUCAAGAAAGUGAUAUUGUUAAAGCAAUGUGGUCUCUGCGUGAUAAAUUGUAUGAGGAAACAUCUUCACUAGCGGCAUCAUUAACAACAACUGACAUAACUUAUACAAAUCUUUAA